AAACAGCGAAGUUGUAAAUACCUAUAAGUGGGGGAGUCUCAGAAAUCAUGUGACCGCAGCUCAGCUGUUUUCUCCUCCCCGCAGCGGAAGUCGCAGGAACCCCAGGAGCUGCCGAAGGAGCAGAGUUACAGAUUGACUCCUGCCUGAGAACAGAUAUGGGCUGGGGAACAAAGUUAUUUUUUUUAUGGGUUUGCUAAGGGAAGUUUCGUUCUGGGAGUGAGGUGAAAAAAGAGUUGAAAAACAAAAGAGUCAGUAAGGUUUUGAAGAAGAGCAAAAGAGGCUCCUCAAACCCGUUACCUUCAUUCGAAGAGGGAUACCUGGAAAAGAGCCUGGUGAAUAAUCAGCUGAACGUGAGCUCCCUGGAAAAUAAGUCUGCUGCCGCCAUGGAAACUUACCCUUCGGUAGGACUGUGUGUGCGUCUUUAAGGGCUGAAUGACUGUCCUGUUCCUGUUACUUCUCCGCGUUUACUUUCUGAGUGGGUCAAAGCAUCGAGAGAGACACUUCUGUUCAGUGGAAAUCAAACCAAACCCUUCAAUUAAAUCCACGAGAAGAAGCAACUCUAAAUAAUUAAUUAUGCAGGCUCUUAAAUGGAAAGAUUUGCUUGCAAUGCGAGAGAAGAGAUAAGGAAUUAAUAGAAGCUGUAAGGACCGAUGAGAUCAUGAAAACACGGGGAAACUUCUGCCAAUAGAGAACCUCAGUAGAAGUAGUUUUCAUGAAGACAGAUGUUGAAGCAGAGUUGAAGUUCUCAGGGGAAUAAGCAAAGUUACAGUGAAAAUGAAAUCAUCGUCUUUCCACCAUGGCUCCACAGCAAGUGUCUCUUUGCCUGGUUUCAUCAUUUUCUUCAUUAAUUUACCAAUUCACAACUUGGUGUCAGCCCAGUUCACUGUCAUUGGACCGAGUCAACCUGCCACCGCUAUUGUGGGUGAGGACAUUGUGUUAUCCUGUCACUUGUCUCCCCCGAUGAGUGCUGAGAACAUGGAGGUGAGAUGGUUCCGGUCCCAUUACUCUUACCUUGUGCAUCACUAUCGUGAUGGAAAGGAUCAGACUGAAAAUCAGAUGCCGGAAUAUACAGGAAGGACAGAGUUUCUGAAAGUUGACAUCAGAAAUGGAAGUGUCGCCUUGAGGUUACAUAAUAUCAGACCCACAGAUGAGGGACGAUACACGUGCUAUUUUGGGUCAACUUCCUUUUAUAAAGAUGCCCAAAUGGAACUGAAGGUGGCAGCUCUAGGUGCUGCUCCUCUCAUCUCUGUUGAGGGUUAUCAGGAUGGAGGGAUCCGAGUGGUGUGCCGAUCAGCUGGGUGGUACCCAGAGCCUGAGGUUUGUUGGAGAGGUCUCACUGGACAACAUGUACCGUUGCUGUCUGAAAGAAAAUUCCAAGGGGCUAAUGGCCUGUUUGAAACAGAAACUUCUACAAUCAUAACAGAAACCUCAAACCAGAACAUCUCCUGUUCCAUUAGGAGCACUCUCCUCAAACAAGAAAAGGAAUCAAGAAUUUAUGUAGCAGAACUUUUUUUCCCGACGAAAUCUCCCUGGAUCGCCAUUCUGUGCACGAUCCUGGUUAUUCAGGUUUUUUUUAUUGGCCUCUUAAUUUAUCUCUUGAAAACAAAAGAGAAGAAGGCUGCAGAACUUAGGUGGAGAGACUGCCUUACAGAAGCAGAGGGGGUGACCCUGGAUCCAGAGUCAGCAAAUCCCUACCUCAUCUUGUCGAAGGAUCGGAAAAGAGUCAGACUGGAAGGCACAGAUGAGAAGCUGCUCGCCAAUCAUGAGGGAUUUUGUUAUUCUCCGUGUGUGCUGGCGUCUGAGGGAUUCACCUCUGGGAGACAUUAUUGGGGGGUGGAAGUUGGGAGCAAAGGAGGCUGGGCUGUGGGGGUGGCCAGAGAGUCUGUGAGGAGGAAGGAAGGAGUAGUGAUCCUUAGUCCUGAGGAGGGGAUCUGGGCUGUAGAGCGACAGUGGUGGGGUGAGCUCUGGGCUCUCACUAGUCCUACGACACUCCUUUCCCUAAGUAGGAAACCUGACAAGAUUCGGGUUUCUCUGAACUAUGAAGAGGGGCUGGUGGAAUUUUUCGAUGCUGAUAAUGUGAAACCGUUCUACGCUUUCUGCUCGGCCUCUUUCGCUGGUGAGAAAAUCUUCCCUUUCUUCCGGGUUGGGGGUGCAGGAGCCCACCUCAGAGUGUGUCCGUGAGAAAGGGUACAUGAUUCCACUUGGACUCACUCAAAUGUGUUCUCAUCAACUUAGGAUAUCUCUCAUCCAGUUUAUAAAGAUCACUUAUAGCUCCUCUUUAACUUCAUCCUAAUUCCCUGUAAAUAAAGUAGACAGGAGAAGAGCAGAAAAUACAUCCAUUAUUUCAAAAUUUCUUUAUUUAUUAUUUCAGCUUCAAUUUUUGGGGGGUAGGGUGGGGUGAGAAAGGGUCCGCUUCCCCAUUAGGGUUGCAGAUGCCUUCUUGACAGUCUGACAAGAGCCUGAGGCCUAGUCUACACUGCAGAGUUAGGUUGAUGCAAGGUAGUUGACAUCGACCUGACUAGGGAACUAAAAUAACUGCCCUGCCACAGUGAUUUAAUAACUCCACUUCCAUGAGAGGUGUGGAGUGAAGGUCGAUGCAGUGUCAGUGGAGACAUACUGAGUGUUACUAGCUUUCAGAAGCCGGCUUACUGUGCCCCCCAGUGCCAGUACAAUCAAUACAAGCACUCCCAGUGAGGACGCGCACCUCUGACACAAGGAGCAAAGUGUAGACAUACACAAGCCACGCAAUUACUGCUGCAGCUAUAUACCGACGUAAAUUAGGCCUACUUAAUUUUGUAGUGUAGACCUGCCCUACGAGGAGUUGUGAUCAGUUUCCUUCCAUUUGAUGUUAUGAUUCUUGUGAUUUAUGUAUCAAUAUAAGUGCUAUGAUCGUGCUUUUCUGUGUUCACCAUUUGAUCAAGUUCCCGCAGUUGUCCAUUCUCUCUAAUUCAUAAAAGACCAAUGCCCAAAAGCCCCAGCAGUGAUGGGACCACAUUAUGUUGUGCACUGUUCAAACCCAGAAAAAACACCAUCUUUCUUCUGAAAGGGUUACGGUAGAGCUGUUUAGAAAAUGUUCCUCUCUGCUCUCCUCCCUCC